AUGAAAAUGGCGGCUCUCUGUAGUGAGUUUGGGGACCUAGUGCAGAUUAAGAAACAGCUAAUAUCUGUUAUAUCGCUUUGUAAAGAAAGAGGACUUCUACACAGCGCGAAGUGGGCUUCCGAGUUGGCAUUUGCUUUGGACCCACUUCCCAAGGAUGAAUUACCUCCAUCAGCUCCUUUUACUGAGGAAGAUGCACAAGACCUGGAUGCACUUACAUUGGCCAAAUCCUACUUUGACCUGAAAGAGUAUGACCGCGCUGCAUACUUUCUGAAAGGCUGCUGCAGUCAGAAGGCUUAUUUCCUUUAUAUGUAUUCUCGCUAUUUGUCAGGUGAGAAAAAGAAGGACGAUGAAACUGUGGACAGCCUGGGUCCUCUGGAGAAGGGUCAGGUGCGCAACGAAGCCUUGCGAGAACUGAGGGUUGAGCUCAGUAAGAAGCACAAUGCAGGAGAGUUGGACGGCUUCACCCUGUACCUGUAUGGGGUGGUGCUACGAAAGCUGGAUCUGCUGAAGGAAGCUGUGGAUGUGUUUGUUGAAGCAAUUCAUGCACUUCCUCUUCACUGGGGAGCCUGGCAGGAGCUCAGUAACCUUGUCACCAAUAUUGAAAUGCUCAAGUCACUAUCUCUCCCAGACAGCUGGAUCAAAGACUUCUUCAUGGCCCACAUGUACACAGAGCUGCAGAUGAUCAAAGAAGCAUUGCAGAAAUACCAGAACCUCAUUGAGGCCGGCUUUUCUAAGAGCACCUACAUCAUCUCCCAGAUCGCUGUGGCCUACCACAACAUCAGAGAUAUUGACCAAGCUCUAGCUCUGUUCAAUGAGUUGAGGGACCAGGAUCCAUAUCGCAUUGACAACAUGGACACAUUCUCCAACCUGCUCUAUGUUAAGAGCAUGAAGCCAGAGUUGAGCUACUUGGCCCACAACCUGGUGGAGAUAGACAAGUACAGAGUGGAGACGUGCUGUGUCAUCGGUAACUAUUACAGCUUACGCUCUCAGCAUGAGAAAGCAGCUCUGUACUUCCAGCGGGCCCUCAAACUGAACCCUCGCUGCCUCGGUGCCUGGACCCUCAUGGGCCACGAAUACAUGGAAAUGAAGAACACAUCAGCUGCCAUCCAGGCCUACAGGCAUGCUAUUGAAGUGAACAAGCGGGACUACCGUGCCUGGUAUGGCUUAGGUCAGACCUAUGAGAUCCUCAAGAUGCCCUUCUACUGUUUGUAUUAUUACCGAAAGGCUCAUCAGCUCAGACCCAAUGACUCGCGCAUGUUGGUCGCACUGGGUGAAAGCUACGAGAAACUGUCGCAGCAAGUGGAAGCCAAGAAGUGUUACUGGAGGGCAUACUCUGUUGGAGAUGUAGAGAAAAUGGCUCUGCUUAAAUUGGCAAAGCUCCAUGAACAGCUGAAUGAAUCUGAUGAUGCUGCACAGUGUUACAUGCUUUACAUCCAAGACAUUUUCUCUUGUGGGGAACAACUGGAGCACGCUGAGGUAAGCACAGCCCUGCGGUACCUGGGUCAGUACUAUUUCAAGAACAAGCUCUACGAUGAGGCGUCCCUCUGCGCUCAGCGCUGCUGUGACUACAAUGAUGCUCGUGAAGAAGGAAAGGCAUUGCUGAGGCAGAUCUCACAGGUCAGAGAUCAGAUUGAGACACCAUCAGCAGAUCUAUUCGCUCCGCUCUCAAACAACAACACUCCCGUCAGGAGGGUGUCUCCUCUGAACCUCAUCUCCUUUACACCCUGACACCUACCCUCCCUAUUUGUUGGCCUUAAAAUGGACAAUUUGUGUAUCCUGUGACAUGAAACUUCUUACUUUGAUAGACUUUGCCAAAAGACUGUGUUGGGAGGAUUUACUUGUGGAUGUAUAGAGUUGUUUAUGAUAUUAAA